AUGCAAUCCAUACUCCAACGAGGCCGCUCAUUCUUCACCCCGACCCCCUCGGCCACCCCGCAGGAUAGUCCCAAAGACAGCCCCAAACCCGAGGAGGAUAAUGAUGCAGCCCCCUCGGCCGACACGCUUUUCCCAAAGACCGACCCCGCCGUGGACGGCGAGGAAUGCCUGCACGACUGUGCGUCCUGCACGGUGAAAUACCCUGCUAAAUUCGAUGUCGACCAGGAGGAUAACAUGUAUGGGAAUAUCAAUGGCUGGUCGACGCACGUGCUGGUUGCGACCGGGAAGUCGGAUUGGGUGAGGGAUGUUGCGGAUGAAGAGGGUAGUGUCAUGGAGGCUAUUGAGAAGGGGGGACUGGUGCCUAGUAAUGGGAAACUGAAAUUAUCCGCCUCCAAUAUGCCCGUCCCGGACGAGUAUCAUUAUCAUGAUGCGGGCAAGCAGCCUACGACUGUGUUGCUUCUGCCCAGGUUUACCAUUGUUGAUCAUGUUACGCCGCAGCUGGCGCCGGAUUUGAUCAAGUAUUUUGUUAAUCGGUCGCCGACGACUACUACCCCUCUAGGCGGUGCUGUAUCCGAGUCUGCGGCCACUGGAAACAACAAUGAGGAUGAGCAACAGCAACAACAACCCUCAAUCGAAGAACAACAGGAAGAAGAAAACAUCGACAUUCAUACCCUUACCUCCCUCCGCUCCCGCCCCUCCCCUCACUCCGCCGUUAUUCUGCUCUGUUCGCACCGCACCCGCGACGCCCGCUGCGGGCAGUCCGCGCCACUCCUCCGCAAGGAGUUCGAGCGCCAUUUGCGCCAUCUAGGCUUGUAUCGGGAUAUGGAUGAUGAGAGGCCCGGUGGUGUGGGGAUUUACUUUAUUAAUCAUGUUGGUGGGCAUAAGUAUGCGGCGAAUGUGAUUAUUUAUCGAAGGAGGGACUUUGAGUGGUAUAAGAAGACGGAGGAGGGAGCUGGAGAGACAGAGGAAGAGGGUGCGGCGCAGGGCAUCUGGCUUGCGAGGGUGAGGCCGCAGGAUUGUGAGAAUAUUGUGAGCUUUUUCCACACUACAGGCCUAUACCUCUUCACCAAAGGCUUCCUCCUAACACGCCAAACCCUCGACUCGAGAAGCAAUUGCUCCCACCCUCCCAUUCCCAUUACCAACACCAGCACCACCUGCUGGACUACACCCACCUUCACCAAAGCCAUCAUCCUCCUCAUCGACGCCCUCCGCUACGAUUUCACCAUCCCCGCCACCUCCUCCAACGAAACAUACCACAACGCCCUCACCAUCCUCCACACCACAGCCCUCCACACCCCCCACAAUGCCCUUCUCUACCCCUUCAUCGCUGAUCCUCCCACCACUACCCUCCAGCGUCUGAAAGCCCUCACGACCGGCACUCUGCCCACUUUCAUCGAAGCGGGGUCCAACUUCGCCGGAUCAGCAAUCACAGAGGAUAACCUGAUAUCUCAGCUUCAUGACGCAGGGAAACGUCUCGUCUUGUUGGGCGAUGACACAUGGGUGAAACUAUUCCCGGGACAAUUUGAUACAGGGCUAUCACGCCCGUAUAGCUCCUUCCUGGUUGAGGAUUUACAUACUGUUGAUGAUGGGGUAUAUGAGCAUCUUCUACCUUUACUACGAAGUAGACAUACAAAGGGAAACGAGGAGUGGGACGUGAUAAUCGCCCAUUUCCUAGGCGUCGAUCACGUCGGGCAUCGGUUUGGACCGGGGCAUCCGGAAAUGAGGGAUAAACUGGUCCAAAUGGAUGGGAUUAUUAGGGAAGUGAUAGGGGAUAUUGAUGACGAGACGCUGUUGGUUGUCAUGGGGGAUCACGGGAUGGAUGAGAAUGGAAAUCAUGGGGGUGAGACGGCGGAUGAGGUACGGGCUGCGCUGUGGAUGUAUACGACUAGGGAGGUUUGGGGUUUCGUUGAUGGUGAUGCUGCUGCUACUGGUGUCGUGGGGAGAGAUACGCCGCAGGUGGAUUUGGUGCCGACGUUGGCAUUGCUGAUGGGCGUGCCGGUGCCGUUUAAUAACCUGGGUCGGCCGAUUGAGGAGGUGUUUGCUGGGAGGGAGGGGAGGGAUUGGGGACGUUUGGUGGAGGUUAAUGCUUUGGUUGUGGCACAAAUCCAGAGGUUCACGAGGGAAUAUGAGAGGUAUGGAGGGGAGGGGGUGGUUGAGUGGGAUAGAUGGGAUGAGGUUGAUGUGGACUUUGGGGAUGAGCUGGCGUUAAGAGAGUACUAUCAAAGGUUGAGGAGAUAUCAAGGGAGGAUGCUAGAGGGGUAUAAGCGUAUUUGGGCUCAGUUUGAUCCGCUGAGGAUGAUUGAGGGCUUGGUGGUUCUACUGCUGGGGGUUGUGAGUCUGCUAUGCUUUCAGGUGAGUGAAAGCUGGCCUGAUUUAGAGCAGAGAUCUGGGAUGGUAGCGGGAACCGUGACGGGGAUUGUUGCCGUGGCUGGUCAUGUUGCCUUGGCAGACACUGGUCGUGGUUCUGUCCUUGAUGGUGUGAUCCUGGGUGCUGCUCUGGGCAGUAUUGUGUGGAAUAUGUGGCAGACUGAUUUGAGUGUUGUGCAGUGUCUUCCGGGGGGAGUCUGGGGCUGGCAGACUGUGAUGUUCACCCUGCUUCUCGGCAUCGGAUUUGCUUCGAACUCUUACACCAUCUGGGAGGACCGUGUGGUGUUGCUCUUUCUGUCGACAUUCGGGCUAUGUACUCUUGGCACGUCAGGCCGGCUACACCAGGCAAAAGGGAUACGUGAAACAUCAUUCUCAGUGAUUUUCACGCUGCUGAGCCGAGUUGCCUCGCUCAGUCGGGCUUGUCGUGAAGAGCAACUGCCAUUCUGCAGAACGUCAUUCUAUCGUCUGGAGAGCAGCUCGAUAUGGCAGCUAUCAAGCCCGGUCAUUACCGCUGUAGCCGUGGUAUACAUUACUCGAAUGGCUCUGCAAGACCACACGGCUAGAAACCUGUUUUGGUUCGGACUCGGCAUACCAAGUGCACUGCUUCUCGACACCGUCUUCAAUAUCCUAGAAACAGCAAGUAACAACGGCUGGCUGGUGGACUUCCUUAGCGACGACACCUCCAAAACUGUGCGCAUGACUGUUGCACGAAUGGUGCUGGCCAUUGUCUUCAUCGGGUUAGCAACUGCGUUUACAACCACUCCAAGACAUAGGUCACUCGAACGGCCACUCAUCUUCACAACAGCAGUGGUCCUCGCAGGCAUUCUCUCAAGCACCCCAGCAGGCGGAUUGUCCUUGGCAAUCCUUUACUACCAGCUCAUCAGUCUACGGCAUCUCGUCCCCAAUAACAGCUCCAUCAAACCCACCAUCGCAGCGCUCCUCGGAACUUUACACUUUUUCAGCACCGGUCACAACGCCACCUUAUCCAGCAUCCAAUGGAAGUCAGCCUACAUCCCAUUCCGGGAUACGCAGUAUCCCUGGUCACCAUUGCUGGUGAUCAUCAAUACAUUUGCCGCGCCAAUCGUUGCAGCAUGCGCCGUGCCUCUUCUUCAUUCGGGGGAAAAACAGAGCCAAGCACGCUUUCUGGCCACUCAUAGCACUGUUUACACUGCCUGGGCUGCCUUUACAGCAUUAUGGGCGUGUAUCCUCCGCCGUCAUCUGAUGCUCUUUGCGAUAUUCUGUCCGAGAUUCAUGAUGGCUGGUGGGCUAUUGGUCAUUGUUGAUGUGCUUGCUUUGAUUAAUUCGGUAUUACUGGCUACUAAGCCUGGGAUCACAAUCAGGGAGAAGACUCAUAUAAACAGCUCGAUUUAGUUAAAGAGGGAC